AGAACACUAGCCUUGAGUUGAAGAGCUCAGGGACAGUACCCAGGCUCAGGGUUCAAGUCUCAUGACCAAUUGAGGAAAAAAAAUGGAGUAACAUCUGUAGGUCCUUAAGGAAUUUAUCAAACCAAUUGUCUCAAGUAUUGGUGAAUCUUUGUGGUUUGUUCCUUCGAAGAAAGUGCUGUUGGGUGGAGAAGGUACUGGUUGAAGUUUAAAAUAUUUUGCCUAUACUUAGUGUCUAAACUUUCUCUCUCUCUUUCAAUCUUCAGUAUCCUACCUUGUAAAUACUGUUAUUUGUAUAUACUGUAAAUGAUGACAUCGGUGGGCACUAACCGAGCCCGGGGAAACUGGGAACAACCUCAAAACCAAAAUCAGACACAGCACAAGCAGCGGCCACAGGCCACUGCGGAACAAAUUCGACUUGCACAGAUGAUUUCGGACCAUAAUGAUGCUGACUUUGAGGAGAAGGUGAAACAAUUGAUUGACAUCACAGGCAAGAACCAGGAUGAGUGUGUGAUUGCUUUGCAUGACUGUAAUGGAGAUGUCAACAGAGCCAUCAAUGUUCUGCUGGAAGGAAACCCAGACACGCAUUCCUGGGAGAUGGUCGGGAAGAAGAAAGGAGUCUCAGGACAGAAGGAUGGUGGACAGACGGAAUCCAAUGAGGAAGGCAAAGAAAAUCGAGACCGGGACAGGGACUAUAGUCGGCGACGUGGUGGGCCACCAAGACGGGGGAGAGGUGCCAGCCGUGGAAGAGAAUGUAUGCAUGGGGCUUUAUCAAAACUGUCUGUGGUUCGGGGCCAGGAAAAUGGAUUGGAUGGCACCAAAAGUGGAGGGCCUUCUGGAAGAGGUACAGAAAGAGGCAGAAGAGGCCGUGGCCGAGGCAGAGGUGGCUCUGGCAGACGGGGAGGAAGAUUUUCUGCGCAAGGGAUGGGAACCUUUAAUCCAGCUGAUUAUGCAGAGCCAGCCAGUACUGAUGAAAACUAUGGCAAUAGUAGCGGCAAUACAUGGAACAACACAGGCCACUUUGAACCAGAUGAUGGGACGAGUGCAUGGAGGACUGCGACAGAAGAGUGGGGAACUGAAGAUUGGAAUGAAGAUCUUUCUGAAACCAAGAUCUUCACUGCCUCUAAUGUGUCUUCAGUGCCUCUGCCUGCGGAGAAUGUUACAAUCACUGCUGGUCAGAGAAUUGACCUUGCUGUUCUGUUGGGAAAGACACCAUCUUCAAUGGAGAAUGAUUCGUCUAAUCUGGAUCCAUCUCAGGCCCCUUCUCUGGCCCAGCCUCUGGUGUUCAGUAACUCUAAGCAGAGUGCUAUAGCACAACCUGCUUCAGGGAACACGUUUUCUCAUCAUAGCAUGGUGAGCAUGUUAGGGAAAGGAUUUGGUGAUGUCGGUGAAGCUAAAGGUGGCAGUACCACAGGCUCCCAGUUCUUGGAGCAGUUCAAGACUGCUCAGGCCUUGGCUCAGUUGGCAGCUCAGCAUUCUCAAUCUGGAAGCACCACCACCUCCUCUUGGGACAUGGGCUCGACCACACAAUCACCAUCUCUGGUGCAGUAUGAUUUGAAGAAUCCGAACGACUCAACAGUGCAUAGCCCUUUUACAAAGCGCCAGGCUUUUACUCCAUCUUCAACCAUGAUGGAGGUGUUCCUUCAGGAGAAGCCACCUGCAGUGGCUACCUCCACAGCAGCACCUCCACCACCCUCUUCUCCUCUGCCAAGUAAAUCCACCUCGGCCCCACAGAUGUCUCCUGUGUCUUCAGACAACCAGUCCUCUAGCCCUCAGCCGGCUCAGCAAAAACUGAAACAGCAGAAGAAAAAGGCCUCCUUGACUUCCAAGAUUCCUGCUCUGGCUGUGGAGAUGCCUGGCUCAGCAGAUAUCUCAGGGCUAAAUCUGCAGUUUGGGGCAUUGCAGUUUGGUUCAGAGCCUGUUCUUUCUGAUUAUGAGUCCACCCCCACCACGAGCGCCUCUUCAAGUCAGGCUCCAAGUAGCCUGUAUACCAGCACGGCCAGUGAAUCUUCAUCUACAAUUUCAUCUAAUCAGAGUCAGGAGUCUGGUUAUCAGAGUGGCCCAAUUCAGUCGACAACCUAUACCUCCCAAAAUAAUGCUCAGGGCCCUCUAUAUGAACAGAGAUCCACACAGACUCGGCGGUACCCCAGCUCCAUCUCUUCAUCACCCCAAAAGGACUUGACUCAGGCAAAGAAUGGCUUCAGUUCUGUGCAGGCCACGCAGUUACAAACAACGCAAUCUGUUGAAGGUGCUACAGGCUCUGCAGUGAAAUCUGACUCACCUUCUACUUCUAGUAUCCCCCCUCUCAAUGAAACGGUAUCUGCAGGUUCCUUACUGACCACAACCAAUCAGCACUCAUCCUCCUUGGGUGGGUUGAGCCACAAUGAGGAGAUUACAAAUACCACCACCACGCAACACAGCAGUACAUUAUCUACACAGCAGAAUACCUUGUCAUCAUCAACAUCUUCUGGGCGCACUUCAACAUCCACUCUUUUGCACACAAGUGUGGAAAGUGAGGCGAAUCUCCAUUCUUCCUCCAGCACUUUCUCUACCACAUCCAGCACAGUCUCUGCACCUCCCCCAGUGGUCAGUGUAUCCUCCAGUCUCAAUAGUGGCAGUAGUCUGGGUCUCAGCUUAGGCAGCAACUCCACCGUCACAGCCUCAACUCGAAGCUCAGUUGCUACAACUUCAGGAAAAGCUCCUCCCAACCUUCCUCCUGGGGUUCCGCCAUUGUUGCCUAAUCCAUAUAUUAUGGCUCCAGGGCUGUUACAUGCCUACCCACCACAGGUAUAUGGCUAUGAUGACUUGCAAAUGCUUCAGACGAGAUUUCCAUUGGACUACUACAGUAUCCCAUUUCCCACACCCACCACUCCACUGACGGGGAGGGAUGGUAGCCUGGCCAGCAACCCUUACUCUGGUGACCUCACCAAGUUUGGCCGUGGGGAUGCCUCCUCCCCAGCUCCAGCUACAACCUUGGCCCAACCCCAACAAAACCAGACGCAGACUCACCACACCACGCAGCAGACAUUCCUGAAUCCGGCGCUGCCUCCUGGCUACAGUUAUACCAGCCUGCCAUACUAUACAGGGGUCCCGGGCCUCCCCAGCACCUUCCAGUAUGGGCCUGCUGUGUUCCCUGUGGCUCCUACCUCUUCUAAGCAGCAUGGUGUGAAUGUCAGUGUGAAUGCAUCGGCCACCCCUUUCCAACAGCCAAGUGGAUAUGGGUCUCAUGGAUACAACACUGGAAGAAAAUAUCCACCCCCUUACAAGCAUUUCUGGACGGCUGAGAGCUAAUUUGGCCCAAGGCUGGGGGCUGUGUUUUGUGUGUGUGUAUAAAUUUGCACUGAAGUCUUGUUUCAGAAACCAAACCACUGAGGAGAGCCUGCUGAGCUGAGGCCAUGGCCUGCGUGGCUUGGGGAAAAUGAGUUGGUGGAUACCUUCUGGGCUUUUGAACUUGCCUCUCCCCCAUUUCCCUCUUCCCUCAUGUGUCUGACCCUGUCUUACCCAUUUUGAGUUCAAGCGGUGCAACACCUCCGAAGCAUCAAUGCACACACCUGCUGUUGCUUUUGAUUUCUGGAAGGCAUGUAGUUCCAACUUGUAACAAAAACAUUUGUAGUCUUCAAUAAACUGUGGUAUUUCUUUAGCUAACUCUGGCGUUCUUUCCGUGAAUGUCUUUCUGGACACUAGGAACCAAUGUUGUGCUGUGGAUGAAGGGUGGAGGGUGGUUUUUUUUUUCUAUCAAACCCUAGCAUGCCAAAGAACUGUUAGUGUUUCAGUGCAGUGGUUUUUAAGGUGGGGGCGGGGUAGCCUCAGUUUCCAGCCUGUUGAUUGGCUGGUAAAGAAAGCUAUUUGUAAACAAACCCAACUCCUCCUGCUUAAAUGUCUUCAGUUUUCCAUUUAGAUCUUCCCUUUGCCUGUGACAAGUGCAGAGGAGAAGGGACAAAAAAGUUUAAAAUAGAGUGUCAUGUCAUGGUGAAAGGCAGAGAUGGUGUUCAAAACUGUUAGGAACUAUCUUCCAAGGCUUCAUUUCUACAUCUGGUUCCCAAAGACAGACUGGCUAGUUGAGAUCUGGUAAGAUCAUAAGUAAUCACCAGUUGAUGACUCAGGCUUUGGAACAUUGUUAGCCUGGAAUAUUGUUCUUAGUACUUUGAUGCCUUUUCAGAGAUUCUGCUUUAUUAGUUGUUUUGUACUUGUGUGUGUAGUAAGGAUGUGUGGGAAGUGUUUAGGCAGACAUCUGGACUGGAAAUUCUGGUCCCUACUCCGUCCACUCACUAGUACAUAAGCAGUCUGUUAUUUGUAGUAUUAACUUGAGCAACAAAACCAUCACUAUCAAUUAACUGGAAAUCAAAGUACUCAAAUUUCCUAGUCAUUAUUUGUCCACAACCCUCUGGAAUAAUUUCAUCCUGUUAAGUGUGACCAGCUUUCCUGUAGACUACUGUACUAGAAGAAGAUGGGGGUCUUAAGUCUUUCAAUCACUCACAUUGUAUUGGAAUGAUUAUCCCUGUUUGAGGGUGGGAAUAGGCAUGGCAUGUUGAUGUUGGAAGAAAAGCAAGAGAACUCUAUAAUCUGUGGGUCUUUGUAAUAAUUGGUGAAAAGUGGAGAAACAAAUACUUUUAGGUUCUCCUAAUGUUUAUGUUGAGAUUAUCAUAGUUACUGUACUUUUUUCCUGCUUUAUGCUCUCUUCAAUCCUAUAUUCAACUUAAGUCUUGAGGACUAGAAGCUGGUAUUUAGCUAGCUAAGAAUAUGACAGAGUAGGGGCAUA